GUAGGCACUAUAGGCCGUAGGUGACUGCCGUUUUAUGUUCGAUAAUUCGAUGUGUUCGAGUUCCGCAGUUUGAGGUCGGAGCUGUGAAGGUGAUGAGGUUAGAAUUGAAUCUUGAUAUUGAAUUAAUGACAUUGUAAUUCAAUACUCUGUUAGCCGACACAACUGAUAUCCCACUGUUAACCUCACAAUACAUAACAACUUCAUUGCGUCUAUUUUACUUCUGUGUAAAUACAUAGAUUGAAACAAACUACGUAUACGCUUAUCUAUCUAUACAUAUCUGUGUUUAGUAUUAGUUUAUUUAUCGCCCAGAAGCUUCUGUGCGAGUGAGAACAAUUAUUUCUAUUUAAUAACUACUCGUCAUUGUUAGUUGCACCUGUGGUUGUUGAAUGUCGAUUUCUUAGUGACCUUAAAGUUUUAUUACUCUGUGAUAUUUAAUUAAAUAUUUAAUACAACUGCCAUCAUGAGACUCUGUGAUUUUUUGAGAGUCCCAGCUUUAUUUAUUAUGGACCAAAUAUUCAAAAUUAGUUUCGGGUUUGAAAAUCUUGAUGUUAUAAUAAUUAAUUUGAAUAAUACCUCCAAGAAUGGUGACUUUACACAAUACUACAACCUCAUAUUUCUAUUCUUCAUCAAAAUAAUAGUAUCUUGUUUAAUAUUUGGUUCAUCAUUAUGUUUAUUGGCUCUACCUACUCGGUACUUGUACCUAGUAUACUUACAUUCAGUUUCUGUUUGUGUUGUACUUUUAUCUUAUUGGGCAAAUACAGAAACACUAAAUGUUUUAUCGGAGAAAUAUGAAAACUUUAUAACAAUUAUGAUAAACGGAGCUGUAACAUCGGAUGUAGAUAUAAUUAUACAUCAUUUUAAACAAUUACAAAUAGUAAAUGUCCUAUACUUGUUAUUCUUUAAUGUAAUACUACAGAUUUUUCUAUCACAAGUAUUUGACUUUUUACAAGUUUGUACCACUAAUCAUUCCAACCAUAAAGUUUUUAAUGUAGGUUUUAUUAUGCCUACUAUAAUAGCAUUAAUACCUGGUUCGCAUGAAUUUUUAAAUACAGUAUCUGUGUUAUUAACAUUGUUGCCAUUGUUUGUCAUGCUAAAAACAUUAUUGCUAAAUAUAUUUACAAUAAUAGAUUUAUUUUGCCAUGGAUAUAAUCAUAUCCGAUUGACCAUUAAUACUUAUGAAAUAAAUAACCUUAUUAUAAUUGAAUGGUCUCGUCUCAAAAUCCCAAGUGUUUUACGAAUAUUUUGGGCUAUGCGAGUAUUGGAACAAAUGGCAUACUUGUUAACUCAGAAGGAAAUAAAAAAUGAAACCUUGUUUAAAGUUAUAAAAUAUUUGUUGAUUAAAGGUUGUAAUACAUUUACUGCAGUUUUAGGAAUGACAAGUUUUGUAUCAUACUUUUUCCAAUAUCUAGGAGUAUUCAUUCGAUGGAUACUGUUGACUGAAGAUGUGGAACAGAUUAAUAUUGAAAAUGUGUUGGCAGUAUUAUUUUAUUUACUAGCUAUACAAACUGGACUAACAGUCACAGAGCCAGAAGAGCGUUUUAUACAACUCUAUCGAAAUUUUUGUUUAACUUGUGGUAUCCUAUUAAUUUACGUCCAUGGUUUAGUUAAUCCAUUAUUAUUAUCUUUGAGUAUUUCUCAAAAUUCCUCACUUAAUAGGCAUUUAAGACCUCUUUUAGUUUGCGGAUUUCUUUUAGUGUUAUCAUAUAAUAUAUUGGCAUACUUGUGGUCUUACAAUUUAUUGAACAAUUGGCUACUUGCAUUUUCUUCCUUAAACAUUCAAAUUAUUAUAAAAGUAUUGGUAACAUUAGCUAUCUAUUCAUUAAAUAUAAUUAAUGAAAAUUAUAUAUUAUUUGAUGAGAAAUUGGAUGAUUAUGUGUUCUAUAUUAAAUCAUUGGGCAGUGUGGUGAAUUUUUGUUUUGGAGUCUGUAUUUUUCUAAAUGGUGUUUAUAAUACAGCUUUUGUAUCUGAUAGUGUAAUCCAUACACCCUUGAUGUGCUUAGAUGCAUAUUUAAUCAUAUGGUGUGGCAUUAGGGAUGGAUGGAAAAUAUUCAUUAGACGUCGUCUAGCUAUGCUUAAAAUUGAAUCAUUAGCAGAUGCAACUAAUGAACAAUCAUUAGAAAUUAAUGAUAAUUGUCCCAUAUGUUUUCAAAAAAUGGUUUCUGCAAAAAUUACUAAUUGCAAUCAUUUUUACCACGGUACAUGUCUGCGUAAAUGGCUCUAUUUACAGGAUUACUGUCCAAUGUGUCAUGCAGUUGUAUCCUAGGCAUAAUUGUCAACUAUCUGUAGCCUAGUGAAUAAAGAUAGAAUAUGAGAUAGAAUAUAAACCAUUUUAAAGGUCUUCAAAAUGUUUUUGAAGUUGAUAAUUUUUAGAUAAUUUUAAUUGAUUAUAUUUUUUAUUAAAGAUAAAAUGUAUACCUAAUAUUAUAUCCUUGACAACUUUACAAUUGUAAUUAAAAUAAUUGAUUUAAUUUUGUACUUAACAUAUAUUUACUAU